AUAGCGCGCGUAAUUGUUACGACUGAAAAAUGGCGCGUGGUCGGUUCAAAUCAAAUAUUUCGCAGCUGUGUCAUGUUAAUUGAUUAUUUGAUGUUAAGAAUUGUGUAGUGAACUGAUAAAAGAGGCAAAAAAAUCAAAAACAGGAAAUUUUGAAUUUUGCUAUAUAUACAUUCUUGAGAUGGCACCUGUCAGUUCACAAGAGACCAAUGCAUGUGGAGAUAUUGAAGUCAGAUUUGCUCAUCUUUUAAAUCCAAUAAGAGAUUUAACAAAAAACUGGGAGAUAGACAUCGCAGCAUACCUGGAAGAGUACCUUGCAGAACUUGAAGGACUAACACUGACUUUUAAUGAUGGAAUUACAACUCUCAACUUUGCUCAAGCAGCUCUUCUUAUACAAGGUUCAACUUGUGUUUAUAGUAAAAAGGUGGAGUAUCUUUAUAACCUGGUUUUUCAAAUGUUGGACCUUCUUAGUAGUAAAAAGAAACUUAUUCAACAAGGAUCGGUAGAUGAGCAGGGUAAAGAUAAAGAUGUUACAUUUGGAAACCAAAGCAAUGAUAUAGAUUUUCUAUCACUGGAUGACUUGAAAGAACAGAAAAACUUAGAUCUUGUGGAAGACUUUUCUAAUGGUAAUAAAAGAAAACCAGGAAUAAAGUUUUUGCCCAGAACCCCUACGUCUCUCAUUCCUUUGGAAGAGUCAGAAAAGGGAAACAUAACAUUGUACAAUCGUAAAGGUGAAGUUCUUGGUAACAAGCACGACUUUAGAGUCAACAUGUGCAAUCUACAUCGAUCUGGGGCCUUACUGCUGUAUAGUACAAGUUUUACUGAUAAUAUUGACAAGGAACCAACAACUGUUAUACUUCAUACUUCAAGAACUGGUCUACAGGAGGAAAGUCACAAGGAAGGAGAAAUGAUGACAGUAGAGAAAGAUGCUUUUAAAGAAUUAGGAUUGGUCAUUUUGGCCAACCUUGCAACCACCAGAUAA